AUGGCGGAUGAAAAGCUAGUAAAACAUAAGGGUGGAUGCCAUUGUGGAAAGGUUCGAUUUGAAGUGAUGGCCCCAGCAAUACUUCAUGUGUACGACUGCAAGUAAGUUAAGACCUGGAAACUCGGAUGCGAAUUAGCCCAUCCCAAAUCUAUGCAGAGACAGUGGAUUUUAGCAGACGUUGUCAGAGCUUCAAAGUUUGAAACAAAAAGUUUCGAACUUUGAAACAAGUCCAAUUCACAAAUAUGACUAAGUUACAAUCUGUUGUGUCCGCCAUCUUCUUAAAGCCACCUCCCUGAUCUUAAAGAAAAAAAACUAGCCUGAUGUGCUGUAGACUCUUUUUCAGUUGAUUGCAAAAUUAAAUUUAGAAUUUUUAUCAGCUGAUCUUUUAUUAUAGAGUUAUCUCUCUGUCAUCAUAAUAAAAAAAUAUUACCGGUAAGAUGCUUUUUGAAGGUCUCCCAUUUCUUUAAUAACCUGCGGCUCCAGGUAAUUUCAAAUCAUUGAUAAUACCAUUGGUCUUGAUAUAAAUGUUAAUUAACUUAUAAAGAGUAGCUGAGGUUAUUGACUAUUUUUUUACUCUCUUGUGGAUGUCAGUUUUCAUUUUUGUCAAGCUGGGCAAAACAAGAUUCCCAAAAAUCAUUUUACACCUUUUUGCUCCUUCAUAACUUUCUUUUUGCUACACAGCUGCAGUAUUUGCAAGAAGAAACAAAACAAGCAUUUUAUUGUUCCAAAGGAUCAUUUAACUUUGUUAGAGGUAUAUACUGUUACAGCAAGUUAACAAUUAAUCAAACUGUUCAAAACAAGUUACAUGGCUUUUUAUUGUUAAAAAAAUACAUCUGAUCUUCUUAAGUAGUCUUUACACUUGCCUUGGAUGAAUCUCAAAUGCCUAAAUUAAAACUAAUGAUGUGAAACACCAAAGUUAUCCAAUCAUGUUUUUGAAUAAGUUGAAUAUCAUUGAAUAUUCAUGUCUAAUUGCAAAUGGUGGUGCUGUGAUAGGCUGUGAUCCAUAGAUUGUGUUAUGAGAGCUAAGAGUUGACCAAUGCCAUUACUUCCAUCUCUAGUAUUUAAGGGGGUGAUACUCUUGACAAAUCAAUAAUAUAUCAGUGGAUAAAUUUUUUUUUCUCUAGGGUAAAGACAAUUUAACCUGCUACACAUUUAAUACACAUGCUGCAAAGCACCUUUUCUGCAAGACCUGUGGUGUGCAGAGUUUUUACAUCCCUCGAUCUAAUCCUGAUGGUUAUGGAGUCAUGCCUCAUUGUUUGGAUGACGGUACAGUGGAGGAUGUUGAAGUUGAGGAUUGCGAUGGUCAGAAUUGGGAGAAGUUUAUUGCUGAAAAUCCUGGAAUCAAAGAGCGAUCAAAAAAGGAGUGA